AAUAAUUUUUUAAUGUUUAAAAAAAAUGUCUUUUGUUUCGGUGAGUUCCUCAUAAAAAAGAGGAUAUGGGAAUGUCGUCAUGAAGGUUGACGACACGAGCUCAUCCUCACGUUUAAAAGCAAAUAAACUAGCACAUGACAUAGACGCAAGAGAUGGUAAAGCUUAUAUAGUUGUGUAGGCGCAUCACGCAAACGCAGAAAUAACGUACGCCUGUCGGUCCGCGUGGCGCGUGAGUUAGAACUUGGCUUGGUGCUUUUAGUCUGUCCCCGUCCCUUCGUUCAUUCUUGUUCUUCCUCUCUCAUACUCGACCACAUCUUUGCCAAGAGAAAUAAGAGUGUCAAGUCUUUCUGAUCGUCCAGCCGAAUAAGCAAAAUGGUGCGCCCACAGAAGGAUAAACAAAAGAAAAAUCAUACGAGUGACAGAAAGUGAACUCAUUCACAUACAUUGAAACAAGUUAUAAAAAAUAAUAUUAACUUGUUAUUUCAAGUAAAUUACAUUUUUGUGGUUAAAAAAAAAAACUUGAAAAAUACAAAAUGAGUCUCAAGACCCUAGGAGUUACUCCAAGAAGACCGGAAGGAACGAAGAAGACGUCGAUGGCUCAAAGAAGAUGGAGACUGUUAGCACGUGCAUUGACUCAUUCUCCUGAACCAACUGGGACAGAAGAUGAAAUUUCAAUGCGCCGAUUUACCUCAUUCGGAUUAAUUAAACCAACUCUUUUGGAAAAUGCACCACUAGAUCCUGAAUCAUCUUGGUAUGAAUAUUCUUGUAUUCGUGACAAUGAUAUUUUCUCCGCUCAAGUGAGAAAAAUCAACAAAACAUUUACUGCUAAUGAACUUAUUGGAUUUAAUAACACUGGAAAUGUGUGUGUAUGGCCAUCGGAGGAAUGUUUAGCUUAUUAUUUAUUAAAUAAUCCACAAAUAUGUCGAGACAAAAUCGUCCUUGAGUUGGGGGGUGGUAUGAGCUGUCUUGCUGGUGUUUUUGUUGCCAAAUACUGUGGACCGGCUGGUGUCACACUUACUGACGGUAAUAUUACAAGUGUCGACAACGUAAGGUGUAUUGUUGCCAGGAAUAAUAUGGAGGAUUUUGUUAAAUGUGGAGUGGUGCAGUGGGCAAGAGCAGCCGCUGCACUUAGACAAACAGCCAAUGGCAAUCGAGUGCAGACGUGGAGUCCGAAUAGUGGUGACGAAUCUCGAAGGACGGAUGGUUUAUACGAUGUAAUCCUCAGCGCAGAUUGUCUAUUUUUCGACGAUGUUCGACUCGAUUUGGUGGAAACGAUCUACGGAUGGUUGGCAGAUGAUGGAGUGGCAUUAAUGAUGGCACCAAGACGUGGAACAACAUUCCAAAAAUUUGUCGAAGCUGCAAUGAAACGAGGAUUUUUAACACGACAAGUUGAGCAUUACGAUACUCGAGUGUGGUCUAGACAUUUAGAAUUGCUACAACAAACUCAUGAAUAUUGCACUGAUCUCCAUUAUCCAGUUCUCUUGGAGCUCACCAAACAAAAUAAAACACAUCUUGGAUAAAGCUAUUUUAUUAAUUAUUAAUCUUUUGUUUGAAUUAUUCGACAUAGAAAAUUGUCAAUUAGAGAAGAACAAAUGCAAACCUAUCAAAAAAUAUUGAUGACGAAUGAAUGAGAGAGAGAAACAAUUGAUGUAAAUUCAAUGGACGUGCAAUAUAAAUUUUUAUGGAAAUUUUAUCGGAUGCAGUUGUAGUAUUUUUUAUAUUGUCAUUUAUAUAGCAUAUUUUUUUUAUUUUAGUUUAUCAAUUAAACUGGAUGAUAAAUUACUUUUCUCUUAGUGAAGUAAACUACAAUGAAAUGAUCAUUUUUACAAAUAGUAAAUUAUCAAUAAGAUGAUAAUAAUUUGGUAACAAUCAAUUCCACUCAGUUUUUAUGAAAGACAACAGAAUACAAAUUCGUUUUUAUUGAUGACAAUAGGUACGUUAUAUAUAAGGGCUUUAAAAGUAUUAAAAGCACGUUUAAAAGGAUUAGUAAAUAUAAUCCUAUUUGCAGUACAAUUUUCAGUAAAAGUUCUAAAGCAAUAUGUUUUCACUGCUGUUUCAUGACUCUUUGUGAUUGUUAACUUAUAUUUAUUUAAAAGGUAUCAUAAACUUUUCAGGAUUUUUUUGUAAUAUUAGCUGACUUUAUACAUUAAUAUAAAUGACCAGAAGCCUACAAAAAUGUAGGUAUUAGUUUCAGUAUAGUUGCGAGAAAAGUUUUGAUAAAUGGCUAUGGGUCUUUUCAACAUACUAAUUUUACUCAUAUUCAAAAAGUUAUAAUUGUUCUUUAGGAGUCUUAUAUAUACUUUAUGUUAAAUUAAAUGCAUCCUAUAAAUAUAACUAUUCUCUUACGAGUGUACGUCUGUGAUAUUUGCACUAAAUGUAUAAUAAAUCUUGGAACUUUAUUAUUAUAUCAAUAGCUAAGUAAAAGAGUUAACGGCGGGAUUUAACAAAGUAAAAAGUAUUUUAAGGAUGGCUAAAAUGCCCAAGACAAGUUUAACUAAAGUCGGAUAAAGUUAAGGAUUUAUUCCUGAUGUAAAAGUCGAAAUCGCGUGCAGAAUCUCGAGUUUAAAGUGCAAUAUAUUGGCUAUGGUCAUAGGGGAUUUACUAAAUCGAUUUUCUUUUGGUCCGAUUAACUUUUUUCAAUCUAAUUCAUUUUUUUUUUUGAAUUUAUCUAUUUUAUUUCUCCCUUUCGGAUGUUUUGAAUGAGUAUUUUAAUACAUUUUUGUGGACUUUUCAACUCGAGAAAUUCAUAAAAUUUUUUUUUAAAGUUAUGAUUGAUUAUUAGUUUAUGACUAUUUUUAGUUAAUAAUCAGUUUACCAUUAUCAUACAUAAUUGUUUUAAUUGCUGUAAGUUUAUUUUAAGUGUUCCCACCGACAUUGAAGCCAAAGUUGAGUACGAGGAGUUUAAUCAUGUCAAUCCCUUCCCUUUUGUACUCUCUAAAUGUAUCAGAGUAUCUAAUAGUCCCCCUGAAGGACCAAUCUAGUUAAUAGUUAAGUCUAGUCAAUUGUAAUUUUGUUGAUUGUAUUUGUAUAAAUGAAAGUCCUAUUAUUUUUAAGAAUAAUAAAAAGUAAGAAAAUGAAUAGAA